AUUACAGUGUUAUGUUAUUAAGUGUAUUAUGUGUUACAGUAUGUAUGUAUUAUGUGUUACAGUAUGUAUGUAUGGCUGGCUGGCAUUAUUGUUAUUCGAUGGAGUAGCCUGGUAGCUAGCUGGCCACUAAAGUAAGAAAUCGUCCUCUUACUAGCUAAAACUAACAAAAAAGUUAAAAGACCACCGUCUCUAGAUUGCAUUAAAAAAUGCAUCGAUUUGCUAACGUUCGCUUACUAGCCAUCGUUUGUUAUUAACAAACUAUCAGCCCUCCCGUAGCAGGUGAUCACACAUGUAAUUGUUUCUGCUAACGUCAAUUAGCAAGUAGCUGUCGGUCACGAGUCUUUUGGGUGCGUUUAACAUUCGAGACGGACAAACAAAUCACAGUGUGUCGUAACUACUCUAUUAUUAGUAGAUUAGUUAGUCACAUUUACCCAUGAUACAUCGCGCUGUUGACGCUCGUGAAAACGGUCAAUGUUUACAUCUGUGUUCAUUGAUUCACAUGAUGUGGAGUUUCUAGCUAAUACAGUAUUGUGAGUGUAUACCCUGUUGUUGGUUAGCUAGGGAAGCUAGCUAACUUCGUCGUUUACUGAUGUUUUUUUGCAGGCUGAGGCUCUAACUAACAUUUACUUGAUUGUAGUCAUUAAGUGACUUCGUGCAUUCAUUAUAAGAUAGCUAGGUGGGACAACCACAUCAGUCAUAUGACCCUGGAAAGAGAUUCCUGAGCAAGUCCCAGCUAGCUUGUUACCUGGGCAACACCAUGGAGGUGCACGCCAUUGAACCCCGUGCAGGAAGGAUGCUCAUGAAUAAGCUUCAAAGGAACCGGCACAAGCAUUGCUAUGACAACAACAACCAUCAGAUCAAGGUUAAGCCGGACCCGAACACGACCUUACCAGUCAGACAGACAGCAUCUAUCUUUAAACAGCCCGUCACCAAGGUGACCAAUCACCCUAGCAACAAAGUGAAGACAGACCCCCACAAGGCUGUCGACCAACCAAGACAGCUGUUUUGGGAGAGGAAGCUGAGUGGUCUGAGUGCAAUUGACAUUGCAGAAGAGCUGGUGAAGACCAUGGACCUUCCCAGGGGCCUACAGGGUGUUGGGCCUGUGUGUUCAGACAAGACCUUGCUCUCUGCAAUCGCCAGCGCCCUGCACACCAGCCCCACCCCUGUCACUGGUCAGCUGACUGCAGCCGUGGAGAAGAACCCUGGGGUUUGGCUCAACAUCGCCCAGCCGCUCUGCAAGGCCUUCAUGGUUACCGAUGACGACGUCCGGAAGCAGGAGGACCUGGUCCACAGUGUGAGAAGGAGGCUGGAGGAAGCUCUGAUGGCGGACAUGUUGGUUCACAUAGAGGACUCCACCAAUGAGGCAGACGCUCUGAAGAAGGAGCAAACCGAGCAGGAGGGCGUAUAGCCAAGAGGGCUGCUUGGAACACCGUUUUCUACCCAUACAUGUACAGGAUAUUCACCAGGAUCUGACUAGCAUCAGUCAACAUGAAGGAUCCUCUCUCACUGGCACCUCCACAUACGUCUUUCUGUCUGGAAGUCGGCCAACUACAAUUGAAUCCAUAUGUAUUUUCGACCAAUUUAAAUUGAUUUUAGAAGGGGAAAAAAUUAAGACCAUAGACAAGGCUUUGAAGUUCAGAGUUUCAAUUCACUUAUUUUUACCCUCAAUAAUUGUCUGGAAUGUGGACCAGUAUGUAUGGCGCUUUAGACAACUUAGUCUUACCUUUUGUAAAUACUCUUAGCAAGUUAAAGGUCGAAACAGAGUUAACGUUUCUGUGUGCGUGCGAGGGGGGGGGGUUGAGAGGGAAGAACAGUGUGUUUGUGGGGCACCACUCAGUCCAUUCCAUUUGAAAGGAUCCAUCUAGCUCUGUCUUGUGUUGCCCUGGUUCCACUGUCAUUUGUGGAGAAUUAGAGGGGCGCAGAUUGGGCAAGGGACCACAUACUGUAAGAUAAGUUGAAGGCUCAAAAUGGACUUAGCAAAACACUACCUUUUGCAUCAGGAAUCAGUCAUAGAUAAACGUGCAUCAUAUGACCUGAUAUAUCCUAUAGGUCUUGUUAUCCCUAUCUUAUUUGGUUUGGUGUUCUUCAAGCAAUGUAGUCUGGAUAGUCGUGAAGAGCGGUGCUCUGCACAGAGGUUGCAUGGCUCAUAUGUUCCUAUAAGUUCAAAAUGGUGCUAAUUUCAUCUGUUCUCAUCUUUGUAGAUGUAUUUUUGUUUCAUGUUACAUUGAACUGUCAAUAGCUGUGACGGCUGACGUAGACUGCACCAUUACUCUGAGAUGGUUGCCUAUUUGGGAUUUAAUUUUUUCGGUUUUAAAUGCUAUUAAAUGUUUACCUUAACCUGUUCUUGAUUUGAGGUAUGAAUAGGAAGAUCAUUCACUGUCAUAUGAAGAUGUCUGAAAAAGUAGCCCCCCCCCCCAUCAAAUGCAAUUUUUCAAAUUAUGCUUUGUAGUAAAAAAAAAACAUUUUGUUUUUCCUCAGAGGGAUUUGUUACCAUUGCCUGUUUUAGAAGUUGCAGGUAAAGCAUCAAGCAAUUAAUUUUUUUCUAUAAGAAAAAUAAAUGCAGUCUUUUGUCA